UAAUAGAAUGAUGUUAAUCGUGGUUCCAUUUCCUUCUUUCACAACCAGGGAUUCCCAGAUCUCAGCGAUGGCUGGUGAGAACUGCUCUGUGAUGACGGACUUCAUACUCCUAGGACUUACUGGAAGAAAAGAUGUGCAGCAGGGGCUCUUUGUGUUCUUUCUGCUGGUUUAUGCCAUAACCAUGAUUGCCAAUCUGGGGAUGAUCCUGCUGAUCAAACUGGACUCCAGGCUCCACACACCCAUGUAUUAUUUCCUGAGCAACCUGUCUUUCUGUGAUGUCUGCUACUCCUCCACUGUGUCUCCCAAGAUGCUGGCUGGCUUCUUAUCUGAGCAAAAGAAGAUUCCAUACAACUCGUGUGCAAUUCAGCUGUAUUUUUUCGGGGCCUUCGCAGAUGUGGAGUGUCUCAUGUUGGCUGUCAUGGCUUACGACCGGUAUGCAGCCAUCUGUAAUCCACUUCUGUAUACAAUGGCCAUGUCCAGGAGAAUCUGCAUCCAGCUCGUGGCCCUUGCCUACAUCGUGGGAUUUGUGGAUUCGGCAAUCCACACCGGUUGCACGUUUCGAUUGGCAUUCUGCAAUUCCAAUAUCAUCAAUCACUUUUUCUGUGACAUCCCACCCUUGCUGUCCCUCUCGUCUUCGGAUACAUCUAUAAACGAGAUAGUGAUGUUCACUUUCAUUGGUUGUGUGGUGGGGUGCAGCGUCAUCACCGUCCUCCUCUCCUACACCUACAUCAUAAUGACCAUCCUCAGAAUGAACUCAGCGGAAGGGAGACGCAAAGCCUUUUCUACAUGUGCCUCCCACUUGACCGCAGUGGCCAUAUUUCACGGCACACUCCUGUUCAUGUAUUUCCGACCCAGCUCCAGUUACUCUAUGGACACGGACAAAAUGGCCUCUGUGUUCUACACGGUCGUCAUCCCAAUGUUAAACCCACUGAUCUACAGCUUACGGAAUAAGGAUGUGAAAGGUGCCCUGAAAAAAAUAAUCAGUACUUGAAGUUGGAUUUUUCACCAAAAAGUAUUUUUUAAAAGAUUCUGACAGCUAAAGUUCAGAUCCUUUGGCAUAGAUUCCUAUAGUCUCACCAUUACAACCUUCUAGAUGUUUUCUAUCAUUUAUCAUUGUACCUAAAUUGAGUGUGGGGAGUCAUUAUUGAUUUUAGCCUUCUUCUCAGACUAAGAAAGAGUAAUACUAGGUUAUUGCUAGUUUGCAAAAAGGAUCUUUUUAUACCCGCUUUCUCUGUUCAUGGGGGUGCCCCUGCGAACUACUCUCCUCGUGUCGGUUAAACAUAACUCCUUAAGAUUAUAGUAUUUUGUAAGUGAUGAGUUCAAUAAACUUGUUCAG